AAUCAGUGGGAUUCAGUGUGCAUAUAAAUACAUAUCGGACAGAGACUCCAGGCAUCACUCACCUGUCUGGUACCUGAAGAACACUUCACAUUUACCUGCUUCUCUCUUUUUCAGAUCUGUGAGCAUCCACCUCCCUCCGACCGUUCGUUAGCUUUCAUCAUGAAGAUUCUUCUGGUCUUCUCUGUUCUUCUCUGUGCUGCUCUGUCCACCAGGGCUGCAACAGUUGUUCCAGCUGAGGCUGUUGCAGUACCCCAGGAAAACAAACCUGCAGCAAAAUCAGUUGUUCCAGAUGAGGCUGCUGCAGUCCCAGAGGAAAACAAACCUGCACCAAAAUCAGGUAUCGAAGCAUUGUGUUUCAUCACAUUGAUUUCUUUCCUCAUUGUUCCAGCCCGUUUUGAUUUCUGCCUUGAUGGUUGGCAUAGUUUCCGUGGUAACUGCUACUACUUAGCCAACUUUAAUUAUCCCUGGAGCAAUGCAGAGAGCUAUUGUGCUAGCUUUGGGGGCAGUCUGGCUUCAGUCCACAACAUCUUGGAGUAUAAUUUCCUCCAGCGUCUGGUCAAGACUGGGGGCCACACUUUAGCCUGGAUUGGAGGUUACUAUUUCCAGGGUUUUUGGAGAUGGGAGGACGGCUCAGUGUUUGACUACAGAAACGCGGGAUCAAUGAGCUCCACUUCCAGUUACCAGUGCCUACAGGUCAACUCUCAAACGUCCCAGGGCUGGUCCAAUAACGGCUGCAGCCUGAGCUACCCAUUCGUCUGCCAGAUAAAUCCAACCUGCUAGACGUAACAGUGUGUGCAGUGCUCCUCCUGACUUCUAAAGAUAAUACUUGCUUAAUGCUGUUUGUUCUUUAUAUGACUGCAUGUCACUGUCAUGAUUUAUGCUGGACCAAAAGUAAUCAUACACAUU